GCUGCUCAAUCCCCAGCUAUCGAUGUCGCUGGCAUUGCAGCAGAUCCCACCCCUCAUGGCCCAACCAUGUCAGGAACCCCAGCUGAUUGCAACCGAUGGUUCAUUAUCAAAAAGGGUGAUACCUGCUAUGAUUUGGAAAAGGCGUUUGGACUCACUCCUCAGCAAUUCCAGCAGUGGAACCCUGCACAAUGGAAUCCCGCCGUCUCCCAUGAUUGCCUGGUCAACUUUUGGCCGGGUUACGCAUACUGCGUGGGAGUUGGACCGGUAGCAAUUCCGACAUCUGCAGACACUGCUCCUCAUGCCCCAACCAUGACUGGCAUUGCAGCAAAUUGCAACCGGUGGUACACUGCCCAAAAAGGAGAUUACUGUUAUGCAGUAGAGAAAGCAUUCGGGCUUACUCCGCAGCAGUUUCAGCAGUGGAAUCCCGCUGUCUCGUUGGACUGUCUGGUCAACUUCUGGCCCGGAUAUGCUUAUUGCGUGGGUGUUGGGCCGGCCGCAAAUGGUCCUCAUGGUCCUACUAUGCCAGGGAUUGCCCCAAAUUGCGUUCAGUUUUAUACUGCCAAGAAGGGUGAUACUUGCUACGCAGUCGAGAAGGCUUUUGGCAUCAGCCCCCAGCAAUUCCAACAAUGGAAUCCGGCUGUCUCUCUGGACUGCUUGGUCAAUUUCUGGGCAGACUAUGCGUACUGCGUGGGCGUUGGACCGGUUACCUCGACUGUGACAGCGACAGCGACUUCGGCUUCGACGACAACGAGUUCAACCACUUUGACUACGUCCACCACUUCGACAACUGCCCUUCCAACCUCCACCACUUCUACUUCUUGGACUACUGGCACUACGUGGACUACCGGUACGUCGACCACUUCGACUAGUUUAUCACCUACGACUGUUUUCACCACGUUCACCACCACGCUCACUUUGACCACAACCUUGACUUCGAAUGGUCAGACUACGGUAAUAGUUACUACUACUGUGACUACGACUGUUAGCCCGUCUACAACUCUUGGUACUUCAACUACAUUGACAACGGCCCUGCCCCCAUCGGGCACGUCUAGUACCACUACUUCGACUUCGAGUGUUCCCACUACUUCUACCUCAAGUGCUUCGACCACUACAUCCCGCACUUCAACUACGUUGACCUGUCCAAGUACUCCUGUCACUUCCACCACUCCCAGAACUUCAACCUCUACAAUCCCCCGUUCGCCCUCUAUCACACCUACUCCUAGCUCACGCCCACCAAUUAGCCCCUUCCCCAGCACAAUGGUCACGACCAACGCGACCUACUCAACCCGCAACCCCAUCACCUCAUACAACCAGACCAUAACUCCCAUUGACACCGCAUGGCCUCCGACCAAGACCCAUCCCGGCCAGCCCAAAGACUGUGACAAAUGGUAUCUAGUUGCGCCAGGAGACACCUGCAGGUCAAUUUACCAGCGCCACGGCAACAGCAUUACCAUGGACGAGCUACUGGAGUGGAACCCCGACCUUAAAGCAGACUGCGACUACCCCAUCUCCGGCUACUGGGUGUGCGUGGGUAUCAAACGUCCCGCUCUAACCAUAAUCUAUCCCACCACCAACGACACAGUCCCCGAUCCCACUCCCUGGACGCCGCGUCCCACUCCAACGGAGACAUCCGUCUACCCACCCACCAAAACCCAACCGGGUCUCGCCCCAAGCUGCUCUGCCUUUUACGAAGCUCAGCCUUCCGACACCUGCGACCAAAUCCUCGCCAGCAACCCCAUGCUGAAAUUCCCUCUUCUGUUGGAAUGGAACCCAGCCCUGAAAGCAGACUGCUCCGGUAUCCUACCAGGCUACUCCUACUGCAUCGCAGCCUACAACGACACCAACUGCCCCUCCCCGCCCACCGUCACUACUCAGCCCUAUCCGCUAAAGCCAGGCACAGCCAAGAACUGCACGGCCUGGUACAAGAAGGAUGAUGGUGAUACGUGCGACUUGAUCGUGGAGAUGUUCGGCACGUUCGAUAAGGCUCAGUUCGUGGCGUGGAAUCCUGAUAUCGGUGUUCAUUGCUAUGGUUUGGAGAACGGCUACUACUACUGCGUCGCCGACCCCAGCACUCCCAAGACCCGAACAAGGCCCGUAAUUACUGCCAUGAGCUUCCCAACGGCCCAUCCGCGUCGUCAACCGGGAGUUACUAAGGACUGUAUUAAAUGGUGGCUUGUGUCGAUUCACGACGACUGCUACGACAUCAUGCACUUCAACGGCAUCACCAUGGCAGAUCUGUAUACAUGGAAUCCGGCUCUCUCGGGGAAGAGAAACUGUCUCGAGGGGUUGGUUCCUGAUACGGAGGUUUGUGUGGGAGUUUCGUCGUCGUCGUCUACUACUGAUACUGCUGCUCCGUCGAGUACUGUUCCUGGUGCUUCUUUCAAGACUGGGUUGGUUACAGUUAUUGGGGGAAGA